UCCUACUAUCCUCCUUAAGCAACAUAAGAUAUUCAUGUUUUCUACCCUGUAGUUCAUCAUCAGCCCACUAGAGGCAGUAGAAAGGCGUUUCCUGUUCAUUUCAAAAUGGCUGCCUCCAUGACAUCUCAAAAACACUCAAGUUUUGCCAAUUUUCACAACUUUAUGGUCCAAGUUCUCCUGGAAGGAUCUUGAGAGGCAAACUGAUCCCUGAAGACAAGGCAUCAGGACGUGGAUUUACCUUGUCUGGACAAGUAGUGAAAAUUCUGGAGCAAGGCAAAGCAGCGCACCUGCCUCAGGCACCGUUCGGAAUGGAAGGCGUGCACGUGUACCUGUGUGUGUGGGAGGGGGAGGAGAGGGGGGUUAAGCCACACCUCCCUUAAAGAGAAAUAAAAGGAGUGACAGGAGCCUUUUACGCACACAUCCUGAAUCCUGCAACCGCCCUGUAGGACACUGCUUUUGGCACAGAGAGCGGAGUUUUAGUGUUUAUGUGGACAGUCGUCAUGGCUGCGACUGAAGCACCUCUGACGGCCUUCCCCAGCCUUAAAGCAAUGGAUCAUCAGUUCCAGCUGGAUCAGUGCCGGAGCUGGAGCGCAGCAGCAGGUGGCGCAGACAACCCUUGCAUUGAAGUGGAGUUUAGCAUUGUUCAGUCUCCUGCUUUGCCCCCCAAAGAGGAAGACGAGCUCGGCAAGUUCCUGGACCUGGAGUUCAUCCUGUCCAACACUGUGGGCAGCCGGGACGCCGGGAGGCUUUCUCCGGCGCAGCAGCUCCAGAGCGCGUACUCCCUGCCCGACUCUCCGGAGAGCUGCAGCGGCAGCUCCCUGUCAGACUGCGCCGAUCCUCCUCCCUCUCGUCUGCCCACGCAGGACUAUUGCAGCUCUGUGAACUUCACUGACUCCAGUCCCGUCUGCAGCCUCAUGGCUGAGCUCCUGUCGCCUGAAAUGAUCGCUUACAGCAGCGAAGGCUCACCGGAUAAGGCUGGAGAGACGCGCGACGGGCGCGAAUACACCGAGCUGCGCGCCUUAAACAGAGCUCCAAUUCCUCCACAGGUGGCGGCAUCUGCUUCCCCACUUGGAUACAAAAUCAAAACCGAGCCUGGGGUUCAGUCCUGCAUGAUGGCUGCAGGUGGGGGCAGCUACUUGGAGCAAAUGCGCUCUGCUGCGCACACGCCGGCUUUUACGCACCACCAGGCUGCGGCUCCAGGAGCCCUGCAGGGGUUCGCGGGCCUCCCCCUCCAGCAGCCCACUCUUCACAGACUCACAGACUGCCAUUUAGCACCAAUCAACUCCUCCCACCACAGUGCCCAUCAGCCAAACCAGUAUCUCGGUGCGCCAUACUCCGCGCAGUACCGGGGUUUGCCACAGUUCCAAGGACAGUACAACGCGCACGAGAGCCACCAUCCUAUGGCCAUGCAGGGGAUGAUGCUCACCCCGCCUUCCUCGCCAUCCCUGUUGGAGCUGUACGCGCACGAGGAGGGCUGCGUUAAGCAGAAGCGAGGCCGCAGGUCGUGGACCAGAAAACGUGCCGCCACGCACAACUGCGAGUUCCCUGGAUGCGGGAAAACGUACACAAAGAGCUCCCAUCUCAAGGCGCACAUGAGGACACACACAGGUGAAAAGCCAUACCACUGUAACUGGGAGGGCUGCGGCUGGAAGUUUGCCAGAUCCGACGAGCUGACGCGUCACUUCAGGAAGCACACCGGACACAGACCCUUCCAGUGUCACCUGUGCGAGCGCGCCUUCUCCCGCUCUGACCACCUGGCUCUGCACAUGAAGAGGCACAUGUGAGGCCUCACAGGAUCACAGACAGCAUCUCUGAAGAGCUCUGGACACUGGACUGAGGAUGGAACACAACAUCCCCUUAAGACGCCUUAAAGUAAAGCACUGGAAAGUUAUUCUAGUGGAUCUGUGUUUUCCAAAGUGCCUAAGAGUGAAGCUCCUCAUUUUUUUGUAUAUAUCUGUGCAUAAAAUGAACACUAAGUUAUAGUCGUUCAAUAUUUAAGAUAUUUUCUCACCUGUUUCUUAAUAAGUUAUUGAAUGUGCCUUAACCAGACUGCUUGUUUGCUCACUGUGGGCAGGACCCGACUGCUGUACAAAACACAAAUGUAUUUUUCUACAGUUUACUUCUUCAAAAGUCAAAGUUGCAUUUGCAGUUUUUAAGAUCUGUCUCUUAAAAUAACUUACAACACUGUGGACAGAUCAGAUCUUCUCCAAGUCAGGUUAUAAAAAUGAUUAUCAUUGUUUUUUGGUUUAUUUUUAUAUUUAAAGUGUUUGCUCUGCUUUUUGGAAAGAGUUUGCCUUCAGGAAUGAAGAAAAAACAGCCUGGUUAAAAUGUGUUACUUGAAUAUGGAUUGUAAGCCAAGAUGUACAGUUUUCUUAAUGCAAUUGUGUUAUAUUUGCUCAAAAAUAAAAGUAAUUUUUCAUUUAA